UCAAAAGUUUCUCACCAUGAUGCACACAUAAAUCGCAAUAAAAUAAAUAAAAAAAGCUUUGCUCCGAACUUCGCCGGCAUGUAACCGCUCCGUUAACGAAAGCUCGACAAAACCCGGCGAUGUGGUGAGACAUGCACCAGUCACACGCCGGUUUGUGCCCGGGACAGACUUUCAAACUACGAAAAACGAAUGAUUGUUCGGACAGUGGCUACGGCGUAGUGACUACGAGAGUUGGACGCUACGGAUGUGCUACGGCUCGUAGCAAUGAGCACCACAAUCGAGCGAAGAGCACGUAACAUAAAGCACGAAUCAAUUAUGAAGACAAAGCAAAGUUUAGCACGCAUUAGCGGGGGUCGCGUGCCGACGUGCUUUAACGUGUAGCGCUCGAGAGGCGGGUAAUAUGCCGGCACUCUGGCAGUCUUCCCAGCGGCCUAUGUACGUGCGAACGGUGUGGGUGGACGGCUUCAGGCACGCCAUACUGUCGCAAGACGACCCCUACUUCGUCAAGCUCAGCGCCAAGAGGCGGAGACCCACAUCCUCCGCUUCCACCAGCAACAAGAUCCCGAAAAGGCACUCCAGACUCAGCAACCACGCGGACGACUUGGAAGGCUGCCUCAGGAAACUCAACCUUGUUAUUCGAAACGAAAGGACGUUUAUACCAAAAACAAGGCCGAAGAGCUCUAAGGACUUCGAAAUCGAAAAGCUGAACUUGACUGAUGUGGACAACGAGUCCGAAGACGGAUUUCUGAUCAGAGCUACCCCGCAGCAACUCAACGAUUACGAGACUUCUCGGUCUAAUUUUGACAUAAAUAUGAGGCACUUAAGGGUGAAUAGGACGUCCAGAUUAGAGGUGAAAGAAAACACGGAAUUAUCAGAACGUGUGCUGCAAUGGUUGGAUUUAGCUGGCAAAGUGGAUUUGUUGGCGCCCGAAAAUGCUGAACGGAUGGCUCAACCGCGGCACAGUUGGCCAGAGAUUCAGCGGCGGAACCACGGGUUAUCGAAAUCGAAGACAACAGUCGACGUUCGGGCGAAGGAUAGUGGCAAAACGUAUUCGCCAAAAGCCGGCGACAGUGCGAAACCACAACAAAGCGUUAUCGAUCGGCACGAUUUUUAUGUGCCGACGUCCACGAACACGAUUGAGAACUACGCGAGACAGUCACGGAACGCGCGCGGCACGCCACAAGCCGAGACGAGCGGGAAAAAAGACGCCAACAAAACCAAGAGCAAGGAUUUACGAGCGAACGUCGCGGAGACGCGCCAGAAAGUCGUCUCAGAACGAACGGCCGUGGAGAAACAGUACGCCGAUUUGAUUAAACAGAAGCUAAUACCCGGUUUAGGGAUCGGAUCAAAGAAGCAAGUUCACAUAUUCAUGCCUGAGCUGCCGAAGAAGUUUAACUCCACCUCGACGAGUAGAACUGAGAGUCUUCUAUCGUCGCUAAAAUCUUAGUUCCAAAUAAAAGCUUUAUAAAUCAACAAAGUUGAGUUCAUUGAGUAGUUUCGGGCAAUUUAUUAACGAACUUUACC